GUGUCCUGUGAUUCUACGGAAGCCGUAGGAGUUUUCAAGGGUUCUUCCGGAAAUUCACUCAUCAAACAGUUUAACAUAGCUAAGAUGGACCAAAGCCAUGCAGAACAGCAUGAGCAGAAACCAGCACUGGGAGAGCAGGAGGAGAUGGACAUCACCAUGGCAACACAGUUAGAAAGCCUCAUCGUGUCUCCACAUGUUGCAAUGGCAGCAGGAACUCACAUGUGCAGAGAGGACACUGCAUCAGCAGCACUGCCUGUGGAAAGCGUGUGUGAGACAGCAGGACCAGGUCCCGCUCACACUCAGGAAGUUGUGUGUGAGACAGCAGGACCAGGUCCCGCUCACACUCAGUUCAGUGUGUGUGAGACUCCUGGACAAAGUUUCGCUCACACUCAGGAAAGUGUGUGUGAGACAGCAGGACCAGGUCCCGCUCACACUCAGUUAAGUGUGUGUGAGACACCUGGACAAAUUUCCGCUCACACUCAGGAAAGUGUGUGUGAGACACCUGGACAAAUUUCCGCUCACACUCAGGAAAGUGUGUGUGAGACGUGGGUAAAUAGUCCUGUGACCCCAGAUGACCCCAUAGCAGCCAGCAUUCAAACCCAUGAAGAAGAAGCAGGAGGUGACCAAACCCAGGAGCCAGUGGGUGCUGUUUGUGAGUCUAGAGACUGUGAUGAAGAUUCAGACAGUUCCUCCUCCUCUUCAUCUUCGUCUUCCUCUGCCCUUUCUGCCCUGGUGGUUGAUGUUGAUGUGGAAGAAGAUGGAGGUUUCAGCCAACCAGUGCCUCUCAGAACCAGAGAUGAGGUCUUGCUGGAGGAGCUUCCCCCUGCAGAGGAACUGUGUGUGACCCUACCGGACGAAGCAGAGCUGCAGCCAGUGGGGACCAUCUCCAGUAUUCUACAGCAGCUCGUGAUCAUCCAGUCUCUGAAAGACACGCCUCCUCUCAACGACAACAGCAUCCUCUUCACGUCUGAUCGGCAGGCCGUGGCGAAGGUGUUCGAGGUGUUCGGCCCAGUCUCCAGUCCUCUGUACAUUUUACAUUUUAACUCUGCAAAGCAGAUCAGCAGCAAGGGGCUGACAGAGGGCCUAAUGCUUUACUACGCGCCAGCCAUGGCAGAAUACACAGAGUACAUCCUCACACAGCAGCUGAAACACGUAAAAGGAUCCGAUGCGUCCUGGAAGAACGAUGAUGAACCACCAGAGGAGGCUUUAGACUACAGUGACGAUGAGAAAGAGCAGGAAGCAAAGAGGAAAAUUAAAAAUGCCAAAAGAAAGGAAAAUGGCCACACAGAUAAAUCUGCUCAGAUUACCCAGAGGUCUUUGCAGCAGCAGAGACAUCAUAGAACACGGGGUUUCCCACCGCGACACGCAGGAUCCCGAGUCAAGCAGCAGGACCCCAGAAACACCCCCCCUCAACAUCCCCACUCUUUCCUUCCUUCUGCUCAUCCCGAUGUACUUCCUGUGUACCUCCCCCCUUCCUGCCAGUACCCUCCUCCUCUUUUCUCCCCACCUAGCUUCCCCUUCUACCCCCCUACUCCUCCUCCUCCUCCUUCCUUCUUCAAUCCAGCAUUCUCCUCCUCUGUUUGGCCUCCAAACUCUGUCCCAUUCUGCGACUUCUCCCUCCCUCCUCCUCCUCCCCCUCCCCCUCCUCCCCCAUCACCUCCUCACUGACACACCACUGUCCCUUGGAGGAGAAACAAAUGGCCUCUACCCUGAGCUGCAGCUCCUCCUCAGUCAGAGAUGUUGACUAAGUCUGAGCCCGGGUCAUUUGGACUAAGAACUAAAACCAUCUGCUUGUUUUGCGUUUGUUGGCUCAGUUUCAUCUCAGUGACCCAACAACAACAACAAUGAUGGGAGUUUGAUGGACCUUUACCUGCGAGAGGUUCUUUCCGUCUGAGGUGAUAUGUGUUGAACCACAUUCCUGCUUCCUGUGUGUGUGUGCAUGGAUAACCUGGAUUAUUAAUGUAAGCUGGUGUUUUUCAUGUGCUGUUUAGACCUUUUGUUCUGACUGGUGUACAUUUAUUCACUGCGUUUCAGAACCAUGGUCUUCCUCCUGGACAUGUUUGUGUCAUAAUCUGCACAUGAUGAAUAAACAACAAGUGAACAAG